AUGGGGGCGAUUGGGUGGGGUAAUGAAGACAGGGUCAUGGCGGCGGCCGUUCUCGGCACAAAAGCCUUUGAUUACCUGAUGUCGAGCUCGAUUUCCGCCGAGUGCUCCCUCAUGGCCAUGGGCAAUGACGAGAAUCUCCAGAACAAGCUCUCGGAGCUUGUGGAGCAACCGAACCCCGCCAAAUUUAGCUGGAACUACGCCAUCUUUUGGCAGCUCUCGAGGUCCAAAUCCGGCCACGUCGUCCUUGGCUGGGGAGACGGCUGUUGCCGUGAGCCCAAGGAGGACGAGGAGCCCGGACACACCCGGGCCCUGAAAUCCCGGCCCGAAGACGAGUCUCAGCAGAGGAUGAGGAAGAAGGUCCUGCAGAAACUCCACACACUGUUUGGCGGCUCGGACGAGGACUGCUAUGCCUUCGGCCUCGAUCGAGUCACGGACACCGAGAUUUUCUUCCUUGCAUCCAUGUACUUCUCCUUCCCUAGUGGGGAGGGCGGGCCCGGAAGGUGCUUUGCCUCCGGCCGCCAUGUCUGGCUCUCGAACGCUCUGAGAUCGCCGGCGGCCGAUUACUGUGUCAGGUCUUUCCUCGCCAGAUCAGCGGGCAUUCAGACAAUUGUCUUGAUCCCGACUGACGUUGGUGUGGUCGAGUUGGGUUCGGUUAGACAUGUCGCUGAGAGCGUGGAGCUUGUGAAAGAGAUUGGGUCAACAUUUUCGUCUUCUUCGUCCCUCCUAAAGGCGAAAAAGGCAGUUUCUGCCAUAAAUGACAAGAGCGGUGUGAAAACCGAGCUGCUGCAUAGGCAGAUUCCCAAUCUCGACAUUGCCCCCAAGAUUUUCGGGCAGGAUCUAAAUUUGGGCGGCGGCUUGGGGCAUUUUCGGGAGAAGGGCGUCCCAUUCGUAAACGCCCGUAAUGGUUUCCCCUGGGCCCCACAGCCGAAUCCAAUUCCAGAGAGGGAGAAGAAUUUCAUGAAUAUCGGCGGCUUCCAAAUCCACCAGAAGCCGCGGGCCCACCAAAUGCAACAUAAGCAGAUAAGCUUCGGAACAAACGCGUCGUCGAGGCCUCGCGGCGUGGACUCAGAGCACUCGGACGUGGAAGCCCCGAGCAGGGACGAUCCGGGCGGGCUCUCCGAGGACAAGCGGCCCAGGAAGCGCGGCCGGAAGCCCGCCAACGGGCGGGAUGAACCCCUCAACCAUGUCGAGGCCGAGAGGCAGCGGCGUGAGAAGCUCAACCAGAGGUUCUAUGCCCUCCGAGCAGUGGUACCUAACAUAUCCAAAAUGGACAAGGCCUCCCUGCUGGGGGACGCCAUAGCCUACAUAACCGAGCUCCAGAAGAAACUGAAGGACAUGGAGGCUGAUAGGGAUGUGAAUGUAGAGGGAUCAAGGCCCGAGAGCUCGUGGAUUGAUGUUGAGGGGGGCUGUGAUGAGGUGACUGUGAGGGUCAGUUGCCCGUUAAGUAGUCAUCCAGCCUCGAGGGUUAUACAGGCAAUAUAUGAUGCGGAAGGUAGAAUCGUCGAUGCAAGAAUGGCGGUAGGGAGUGAGAAAGUGUUCCACACUUUUGUGGUGAGGUCAUUGGGGUCCGAGAGGUUGAAUAAGGAGAAGUUGGCUCAGUCGUUAUCGGUUAGGUGCGACUCGUCCUAG